CAGCUGAUCUCCAAGAAGUCUCUGGCAACCUCUGCCCUUCUGUGAGACUCUGUGACUAAUGGCUUACUGUAGAAAAGCAGCUUUCGUGCUGCUUUUUUUUUCUGAUAUUUUUAUUCUUUUAUUUGACUGCUUCCCAAGGGUACAUGCACACGCGCCCUGUAUUCCUUCCUCAAAGUUUUUCUGUUGUCCUGAAAUCCUCAGUUUUUUUGCCUUCAGCUUCAGUUCCUUGCCUAGAGCUGUGUUUUUGAAUCAUUACUGAAAAUGCGUGACCAAUGUGGUAAUUAAAUGUGCACUUUGAAGUCUGUUCCUGAUGCAAAUUGGCUGCAUUGGAGUAGUGAAGAUGCUGUACCCUGUCUGCUUUUCUCCAUAAAUAAAGUUCUAAGAAAAUUCACGUGAGAAAGCCACCUGCCAGGUCCUUGUGACUGGGCACCAUGCCUCUUCCAGAAACUAUGUUCUGUGCUCAGCAAAUCAAAAUCCCUCCUGAGCUUCCUGAUAUUCUGAAGCAAUUUACUAAAGCUGCUAUUAGGACUCAGCCUUAUGAUGUUUUGCAGUGGGCAGCUGCGUAUUUUUCAGCCUUGUCUAAAGGUGAACCCCUUCCUGUGAAGGAGAGGCUCGAAAUGCCUUUAGCAGCAAAGAAAAAAGAUGCUGGUUUGACCCCAGGACUCCUUAAGGUCUUGCACAAACAGCUUUCUUCCAAAGGCAUGGUGACCGUUGCAGAGCUGAGGGAAAAAUGGAAGCAUUUGGGCUUGCCAGAGGAGCAGCUGGGAGCUAUCCUGCAGCUGGGCAGUUUUGGCGAGGAGGUGGAAUGGAUGAAGUUUCUGGCACUUGGGUGCAGCGUGCUUGGUGGGUCCUUACUGAGUUCAAUGAAACAGGCCUGUGAGAUCCUAACAAGAGACCCAGAAGGCGGAGCUGCUCGAAUUCCCUUCGAAACGUUCUCAUUCCUUUAUUUGUAUUUGGCCAGUAUUGAUGGAGAGUUAUCAAAGGCAGAAACUAAAGCAUUCCUCCUAGGAAUUAAAGAACAAGCGGACAAACACUCUGGCAUGGUGCUGAUCAGACACUUCCUGCCAUACUCCUUCAUAUUUUAUUGACCAACCCUACUCUUCAGCAUGAGGCAGAGCUAUUCAAGCAAGACUUAGCAGAAUUAAAAUAAAAUAAACCUUGCACAUGACUCAGAUAAGGUUGGUAUGUGCUAUUAGAAGAAGGUGGCAAGAUAAAAUUACAAUCUGUUCCACGCCUGCAGAAGCUGUCAGCUGUG